GUAUUGUUUUAUAGAGUUCUCUCUCAACUGACAUUCUGUAUCCUACCGCUUUGAGACUUUUAACAAUAAGCAGGAGCAAGUUGGAGCAAUGUAUCUUCAGUUUUAUAUUAAUGAUAAUGGUAACAAGGUCUACACCACUAAGAAAGAGUCACCAGUUGGACUAGCCACACAAUCUGCUCACCCAGCUCGGUUUUCUCCUGAUGACAAGUUUUCGAGGCAAAGAGUUCUAUUGAAGAAACGUUUUGGUUUGCUUCCAACCCAAAAUCCAGCUCCUAAAUAUUGAGCAGCAACACUUAUUUAUGUGUUUUCAGUUGCCAUAGUUGUUCAACAUGAGUCUGCAAAGAGUGAUCAUUUGUGAAAGCUCUUAGUUUCAAAUCCAUUCUUCUUUGAGUUGAAUGGCUUGAUUUUCCCUUGCUAGGAAUUUUGAUUUAGCUUACUUGGAUAAUGUCCUCUUAGUUGGCUCUAAUAGUUGGCUCUAAUGGUUUGUGUAAACUGAAUUUAA